UCUCUCUCUCUCUCUCUCUCUCUCUCUCUCUCUCUCUCUCCAGUCUCCCCCUCUGCUCCUUUCUCUUGCCUUAGCAGAACUUAUGUGGCUGAGAUGCAGGGCCCUGGGGUGUCAAAACUUUGAAGAUUAAUGGAUUACUUUGUUAAUGACUGCAGGCGUCAGGCUGAGGUGCUUAAAUGAUUUGUGAGGUGCGAGGCGUCUUCCCGACAGUCCCAAACAAUGCGCGGAGUGUGCGGGGGAGGCAGAGGGCAGCCACUGGCGGGACCGGCAGCAGGGCUCACACGCACACACACACACUCCAGGGAGCACACUAGAUCCUUGCAGAUCAGGAGGCAAACAGGCACUCUCGCCCCCCACGCACUCCGGGGUAUUCCCAUCCACACCCACAUAUAUGUAUUUUUGCCCUGAAAAAAAGUAUAAAUAAAGCCUCCAUGGCCCCCAAUGAGGCGUUCCUUUCUGACUUUUUUGGAUCAAUCAAACAGACAGUGGCUUCUUUUGAUUAAAGCCCAAAUUGUCAUUGGGCAGAAGCAAUCAUGUGACAGCCAAUUCGGUCCAAUUUCAACCUUGUCUCCAUGAAUUCAAUAGUUUAAUAGUAGCGCGGUCCCCAUACGGCUGUAAUCAGUGAAUUAGAAAAAAAACACCCCAGCAGCGAUCUUCUAUGAUAGAUUUUUUUUUCCUUCGCGCUCGCCUUUUUCCUGGGCCUUGCCCCCCCAAAGCCCCUCCAAAAGAGGGAACUUUUCCUCCGAGGGGGCUCCAAGGAGAAGGCCAUGAAUUACGAAUUUGAGCGAGAGAUUGGUUUUAUCAAUAGCCAGCCGUCGCUCGCUGAGUGCCUGACAUCUUUUCCCCCUGUCGCUGAUACAUUUCAAAGUUCAUCAAUCAAGACCUCGACGCUUUCACACUCGACACUGAUUCCUCCUCCUUUUGAGCAGACCAUUCCCAGCCUGAACCCGGGCAGUCACCCUCGCCACGGCGCUGGCGCUGGCGGCCGCCCCAAGUCGAGCCCCGCGGGCAGUCGCGGCAGCCCGGUGCCCGCCGGCGCCCUGCAGCCGCCUGAGUACCCCUGGAUGAAGGAGAAGAAGGCGGCCAAGAAAACCGCACUGCCGCCCGCCGCCGCCUCCACGGGCCCUGCCUGCCUCGGCCACAAAGAAUCCCUGGAAAUAGCUGAUGGCAGCGGCGGGGGAUCCAGGCGUCUGAGAACUGCUUACACCAACACUCAGCUUUUGGAGCUGGAAAAGGAAUUUCAUUUCAACAAGUACCUUUGCAGACCCCGGAGGGUGGAAAUCGCUGCGCUGCUGGAUUUGACCGAGAGACAAGUGAAAGUGUGGUUUCAGAACCGGAGAAUGAAGCACAAGAGGCAGACCCAGUGCAAGGAGAACCAAAACAGCGAAGGGAAAUUUAAAAACCUGGAGGACUCGGACAAAGUGGAGGAAGACGAGGAAGAGAAGUCACUCUUUGAGCAAGCCCUCAGUGUCUCCGGGGCCCUUCUGGAGAGGGAAGGUUACACUUUUCAGCAAAAUGCGCUCUCUCAACAGCAGGCUCCCAAUGGACACAAUGGCGACUCCCAAACUUUGCCAGUUUCGCCUUUAACCAGCAAUGAGAAAAAUUUGAAACAUUUUCAGCACCAGUCACCCACUGUUCCUAACUGCUUGUCAACAAUGGGCCAGAACUGUGGAGCUGGCCUAAACAAUGACAGUCCCGAGGCCCUCGAGGUCCCCUCUUUGCAGGACUUCAAUGUGUUCUCCACAGAUUCCUGCCUGCAGCUUUCAGAUGCACUGUCGCCCAGCUUGCCGGGCUCCCUGGACAGUCCUGUAGACAUCUCAGCUGACAGCUUUGACUUUUUUACAGACACACUCACCACAAUCGACCUACAGCAUCUGAAUUACUAAGAACAUUAAAGCAAAACAAAGCUUCACAAAAAAACGCCUUUGACCAGGUGGUUUUGCCUUCUUUUAUUCUGGGAGUUGAUUUUCGUUUUUUAUUUUCUUCUUGCUCUACCCCCUACUCUCCUAAAUGUUGAGGACUUUCCAUUUAAUGUUCUCCCCUGACCCAGUUUUAAAGCCAUCGCUUACAAAUUAUGUUGGUGUUCUAAGCGUUUUAUACCAACCCCAACAAGCUUCUAUGUGAUUUUCCUGAAAACAAAACACGAGGCGUGCAAGAAAGUGACCAUAAAUGGUCCUAUCACUUUCUUUUUAUUUUUGUACCACAUUAGGAUGCAUUGUCAUGCGUAUUUUUGGUAGAAUAAAUUCUCCUUUGCUAUAAGUAGCUUUCUUAUUUUUUCUUCCCCUCUCUCAAGGCUUAUACUGAUUUCUUAUACUUCUUUUAGUCUAACAUGGUAAAUAAAAGUCUGGUCACAAUUUACUUUUUCAAUCUUAAUAUAUUUUAUUAGGGUGGCAUGUUCAA